GGGUGGGGGGAAGGGACUGGGAGGAGAGGAGCGAGGGGAAACUUCAGCCUGGAUGUAGAAUAAAUACAUUUUUAAAAAUAUUUUUUAGAGUAACUGUCUCCUUUCUCUUCUAAGUAUUGUCCCUCUGACGAUCGUCCAGUCUUAAGCCCCUGUUUCUCUCUCCCUAACCCUAAGCAAUCAAGCUGUCAAAUCCUGUAAAGUGUACUACACAUUAUUUAAAAUUCUUUCUGCCCCUCCCCCAUCUCAGUCUUAACGCCCAGAUCAAUCUUUCUGUGUAACCACUGACCUCGGACUCCCAGGGUUGGGAUCACAGGCGUGUGUCACCACACCUCAAUAGCUGUCAUAGCUGGUCAUUACCUUCUACCUGGUCUACAUAGGGCUGUCACUUUUCCAUCUCUAACGUCUGCUUUCCUUCAGACAGUACUUACAACGCAAAAGCCUUUUCUUCCUCUCAACUUCUAAACCUAGAAAACGAAACACUGCCUUAAAUACAAAUCCUUCCAUUUGGAAGUUGUGCCCCAUUUCCAGUUGUCUCUGCCACUCGGCACCAUGCCCCAGCCUCUGGCGUCUUCAGUCACUGGAACGCAGCGUCCAAAGGCCUCCAUCUGAGGCCCCAAGGUCUCCCUGCAAAACUCCACCUCUUCCCAGGCCAGUUCCAGAAGCCUCCUCCCUCACGCUGGCCCACAGAUGCGCGCCGUCCUCCUGUGUAGUGCUCUGUAUUUUUCCUCAAGGCCCCUACGGUGGUCUGGCGUUUUCUACAGUUUCAGCUUUGCUUCGCUCCUUUCUCCGUGAGGGCGAGGAUAACUUCAACUCCUCUCGGUGUCCCCGCAGCAUCCUACCCGUGGAAGUGACUUGUGUGGGAUAGCGUCAGGGCAGUACAGCGCCGUUCCAGCUCUGCCGCUGGCUGCCGGGAUUGGGCUUGGACGCCGCGUCUCGGCUGCAGCUGGGGCUCGCCCACCCCGCGCUCUUUCUCCGGGUACUUCGCGAACAAGUUUUGGAGCACCCGGAACCGCUCGUGCGUGAGGUUUGGCUUUGGGUCCCGAAGGAGGGAGAGGAGGGGACGGCCACACCGCCCUCCUCCCGGCAGCCCGAGGAGUUACUGUUCUGAACCAUGGCUUCAGCAGUCCUUAGCUCUGUUCUCACUACUGCCUCUCGAUUUGCCCUGUUACAAGUUGAUAGUGGCAGUGGUUCUGAUUCCGAGCCUGGAAAAGGCAAAGGCCGGAAUAAUGGGAAGUCUCAAACUUUGGGAAACAAAUCAACCACAAAUGAAAAAAAGAGAGAGAAACGAAGAAAAAAGAAGGAACAGCAGCAGAGUGAAGCAAAUGAGCUCAGGAAUCUUGCUUUUAAGAAAAUUCCCCAGAAAUCUUCCCAUGCCAUUUGCAAUGUUCAACAUGAGCUUCCAUUGCCAAACCCAGCACAGAAGGAGUCUCGGGAAGAGAACUGGCAAGAGUGGAGACAGAGAGAUGAGCAGCUGACAUCUGAAAUGUUUGAAGCUGAUCUUGAGAAGGCAUUGUUGCUGAGCAAAUUAGAAUAUGAAGAGCACAAACAGGAUUAUGAAAAUGCUGAAAAUGCUUCAACUCAGUCAAAAGUUAUAAAUAAAAAAGAUAAAAGAAAGAACCAGCAGGGAAAAGACAAACCUCUCACAGUAUCACUAAAAGAUUUUCAGUGUGAAGAUCAUAUUAGUAAAAAGGCAGAGGAAUUGAAUUCUUCUCAGACUUUAUCACACGAUGGGGGAUUCUUCAAUAGACUGGAAGAUGAUGUUCAUAAGAUUCUUACUAGAGAAAAAAGAAGAGAACAACUUACAGAACAUAACGGAACAGAUAAUUGUCCCGCUCCGGAGCACAACCAGGCAUUGGGUCUAAAAGACGGAAGAAUUGAAAGACUAAAGUUAGAACUUGAAAGGAAGGAUGCUGAAAUUCAGAAGCUCAAAGCUGUGAUCACCCAGUGGGAGACAAAGUAUAAAGAAGUAAAAGCAAGAAAUGGACAAUUAUUAAAAAUGCUUCAGGAAGGAGAAAUGAAAGACAAGGCAGAGAUACUCCUGCAAGUGGAUGAAUCACAGAGCAUCAAGAAUGAGCUGACGGUCCAGGUGACUUCACUUCAUGCCGCAUUGGAACAGGAAAGAUCUAAAGUGAAAGUAUUACAGGCAGAAUUAGCCAAAUACCAGGGCGGCAGAAGAGGGAAAAGGAACCCUGAGUCUGACCAGUGUAGGUGAUUACGGCAGCCUUUGAGGUCGACACACAGAUUUCUCAGAAUUCUGCAAAAAAAUGUGUAUAUUUAAUGCUGUGUAACUGCUAGACUGCAGUUUUUGUUGAAGGAACUAAAAGUAACUAGCUCACUCAUAGUCUACAAUUUUAUGUUCUUUUGGCUUAAAGUUAAAAGAAAAUAUAGAAUACCAGCAGAACUUGAUUAUUGUUUUCUGUCCAAACUUCUUAUGACUUUAGUUUUUCAUCAGUCAAUAAAAUUAAUUUACUCUUCCA